AUGGAGAUCGUCAGUGCCAUUGCCUCCAAAAUCGUAGAGCUCCUGAUUGCUCCCAUUGGACGCCCGAUUUCUUACGUGUUUAACUACGAAGGCAACCUUUCAAAUCUGAAGAAAACGGUCAAAAAGCUGGAAAUGACGAAGGUAACGACACAACAUGAUGUGGACCUCGCUGAACGACAAGGGGAAGAGAUUGAAUCUGAUGUUCGGCAGUGGCUGUCAGAUGUGAAUAAUAUCACAGGAGAGAUUGACAAAAUUUUGGUAGAUGGAGAACAGGCGACGAAGAACUGCUUCAUGGGUUCGUGUCCAAAUUUGAAGAGUCGCUACCAGCUAAGUAGAAAAGCAAAAAAGAAGUUAGAGGUUGUUUUUGAUCUCCAGCGAGAAGUCAUCAAAUUUGAUAGGGUUUCUUACCCAGCUGCUUCACAAGCAAGACGGGUCAUACCUCCCAAAGACUACGAAGCAUUCGAAUCAAGAACUCUGGUUUUGAAUCAAAUUCUGGAGGCGUUGAAGAAGGCUGAAGUCAACAUGAUAGAGUUAUAUGGGAUGGGGGGUGUGGGUAAGACCUCACUUGUGAAAAAGGUUGCUGAACAAGUCAGGAAACACAGCAUAUUUGACGUGGUGGUUUUUGCAGUUGUUUCCAAGGCUCCUGUCCUGAGAAAUAUUCAAGGAGAAAUAGCAGAUGGGCUAGGUUUCAAAUUGGAAGCGGAGACUGUCAAUGGAAGAGCAAAUCUGCUACGUGACCGACUGGAAAAAGAGAAGAAAAUACUUGUAAUUUUGGAUGAUAUUUGGGAAAGACUUGAACUGGAGGAUGUGGGAAUUCCUUCUGGAAGUGAUCACGAGGGAUGCAAACUGUUGAUGACGUCAAGAAGUCUAAAUGUAUUAUCCCGUGACAUGGGGGUACUGAAAGAUAAUUUCAUGCUUCAAGUUUUACCCGGAAAUGAAGCAUGGAAUUUCUUUGAGAGGAUGGUGGGUACUGCUGUUCAAGAUCCUAGCUUACAAUCUGUUGUUCAAGAAGUAGCUGAAAGAUGUGCAGGUUUGCCCAUUUUACUAGCCACUGUUGCAAGGGCAUUAAAAAAUGGAAAUUUAUCAGAGUGGAAGGAUGCUUUGGAACGGCUGAAGAACAAGGAGGAAAUGGAUGCUCAAGUUCCCUCCGCUCUUGAUUUGAGCUAUGAAUUUUUGAAAGGUGAUGAAAUCAAGUCUCUAUUUUUACUUUGUGGACAGCUUGUACCUCAUUGCAUUUGGAUCAGAGACUUGUUGAUGUAUGCCACGGGAUUGGGUUUGUUUAAAAGAAGCAAUAGUUUAGAAGCAGCAAGACAUCGAUUGCAUACAUAUUUGAAGGAUCUCAAAGCUUCUUGUUUGCUGGUGGAAGGGAACACGGAUGGAGCAGUUAAAAUGCAUGAUAUUGUUCACCAAUUUGCUGCCUCAAUUGCUUCCAGGGAUCAUCGUGUCUUGGCUGUAGCUUAUGGCACUGCCUUAAAUGAAUGGCCGACGGAGGAUGAGCUUGAACAGUGCACCGCAAUCUCUUUACCAUACUGCGAAAUCCCUGAGCUUCCUGCAGCAUUAAAGUGCCCGGAAACCGAGUCAUUAAUACUGUAUGGUGACGAUAUCUCACCGAAAAUACAAGAUGACUUUUUUAGAGAAAUGAAAAAACUCAAAGUCGUCGAUCUGUCAGAUUUGCAUCUUUUAGCAAUACCUUCGUCACUUCAAUUUCUUGAAAACCUACAAACAUUGUGUCUGGACCGUUGUGAUCUGGGCGAUAUAGCUAUAAUUGGAGAGAUGAAGAGGUUGCUAGUUCUCAGCUUACAGGGUUCAAAUAUUGUUCGACUGCCAAGAGAAAUUGGGCAAUUGACUCGUCUCCAACUUCUAAAUUUGAGCAAUAAUCCAACACUUGUAGUGAUUCCUCCAAAUGUCCUGUCAUGCUUGACUCAAUUAGAGGACCUUUAUAUGGAAGACAGCUUUCUGAGAUGGGAGGACGAGGGAUCAAAAAAAGUUGAAAGGAAUGCUAGCUUGGCUGAAUUGAAGCAUCUGCAAAACCUGCUCACUUUAGACAUACAUAUCACAGAUGCAAAGCUUCUGCCAAAAGACUUGUUCUUGGACAAGUUGGAAAGGUUUAGAAUUUUGAUUGGAGAUGGAUGGAACUGGUUGGGUAAGUAUGAAGCCUCAAGAACCUUGAAACUCAAGCUCAAUACAAGCAUUUUGUUCGAGGCUGGGAUUCAACUGUUGCUGAAGAGAACCGAAGAUCUACAUUUGCAUGAUCUGAAGGGUGUUACAAAUAUUGUCCAUGAGUUGGAAGCACAAGGUUUUCAUCUGUUGAAGCAUCUUCAUAUCGAAGAGAGUCUUGAAAUUCAAUACAUUGUUGACUCAAUUAUGAUGGGUCCUUCAAUUGCUGCUUUCCCGCGUUUGGAGUCGCUGUCUCUUGACAAUUUGAAUAGCUUGGAGAAGAUCUGUAAUGGCCCACCGAAGAAGGAGAUUUUUAGCAGGUUAAGAAUUUUAAAGAUAGAAACUUGUCAUAGAUUGAAGAAUGUCUUUUCACUGUCCUUGGCAGGAGGCAUUUUGCAACUAGAAGAAAUUGGGAUAAGUAAUUGCAAAAUCAUGGAAGUGAUUGUUGCUGAGGAAAGUGAAGGUGAUGCUGAGCACAAGGAUGAAGUGCUAAAGUUAAGUCAAGUACGCACACUGACAUUAGAAAGGCUACCCCAGCUGAAAAGCAUUUGCUCCAAAGUGAAUGGGGCUUCCACAUCUCAGACAAAGGCGAGGUCCAGUAUUGAAAUUGCAUCUGAGGACGAGCUUGAGACUCCCAUGCCAGCUUUCAACAAAAAGAUUGUUUUCCCCAACUUGGAAGACUUGAAACUGUCCACACUCAGAAUAGAGAUGAUAUGGAGUGACCAAUCUAUCGACCUCCUUGCACACUUGGAAAGGCUUGAGAUAUGCGAUUGCAAUGUCAUGGAAGAAAUAAUAGCUAGGGAAGGAGCAAUUGUGAGGGAGGUGGCGUUUCCUAAACUGGGUUUCCUCAAGCUCAGUGGUCUUCGAAACUUAAUAAGAUUCUGCACCAGUAACUUAAUUGAAUGCCCUUUCUUGAAGGAGUUGCAGAUAGAGAAUUGCCAUGCAAUGGAGAUGUUUAUCUCCAACUCUGUAACUGCAAAUACAAAAUCAACACUUUUCGAUGAAAAUGUUCUAUUCCUUAACUUGGAGGAAUUGCAAAUUUUUGGCAUGAAUAAUUUGAAGAUGAUAUGGCAUAAUAAACUCCAUUCAGAUUCCUUUUGCAAACUAAAAGCACUCAAGGUUGGUCAUGGAAAAAGAUUAUUAAAAAUUUUUCCACCCAAUAUGCUAAGAAGAUUCCAGAAUCUAGAGAAACUGGUCAUAAGUGAUUGUGAUGAACUAGAAGAGGUGUUUGAUCUCCGACCUCUGAUAAUUGAAGAAGGAACACACUCUACUACAACCACUCAAUUGAGAACAAUGGACGUACGGAAUCUACCAAAUUUGAAGAGCGUGUGGAAUGGGAAUCCCCAAGAAAUUCUUUCCUUUCAAAACCUUCACUCAGUGAUUGUUUGGAAAUGUCCAAGUUUACAGAAUCUAUUCCCAACCUCUGUUGCCCUAGAUCUUCUACAACUUGAAGUGCUAAAUGUAGAUUCUUGUGGGAUCCUAGAGGAAAUUGUUGCCAAAGAGGAAGGAGUGGAAGAAGAUCUGAACUUUGUGUUUCCAAAAAUAACCUCUCUUCAAUUUUGGAGGUUACCAGAGCUCAAGAGAUUCUAUCCUAGAAGACAUACUCUAGAAUUGUCGAUGCUGAAAAAGUUAACAGUGUAUCAUUGUGAUAAGAUGACAGUAUUUGAGUCAGAACUUCAAAGCUUAGAAGGACCGCGAUGUAGGGAGAAACAACUUGAAAUCCAAGUUCAUCAACCACUGUUCUCAUUUAUUAAGGAAAACAAGGCAAACUCAAAAGGUAACAAGCCUACCAAAUCUCCCACUUUCGAGCAACUGAAAAACAAAGCUGCGUCCAUAACUAAAUCUACAAAUGAUGGAACCUCACACCCUAUAAUCAUUCCCAACUUGUUGGAAUUAUCAUUAAGCAGCAAAGAAGCUACAAUCAUAAGGCAAGGCCAGUUUCCGGUGGACAUCCUUCGCAAACUAGAAGUCCUCGAAUUGCAAUGCUUUCAUGAGGAAUCGGCAGUUUUUCCGUUUGAUCUCCUAAUUCAGAGAGUCCACAAUCUGGAAAAACUUGUUGUAAGUUGUAGUUUGUUCAAAGAGCUGUUCUCAAGAGGAGUUGUUGGUGAGGAGAAACAUGCAAUGACACUUGCACGGAUAAAAUGCCUAAAACUUAAUGGGCUUCUCAAUCUGGAGCGUAUUUGGAAUCAAGAUUUGCUAGUGGACCAACUUAUUAAAAAUCUCGAAAAGUUAGAAGCAUGGAGCUGCUACAGUUUGACCAAUUUAGCACCAUCUACCACAUCAUUCCAAAAUCUAAGAUCGCUGGAUGUUUGGCAAUGCAAAGGAUUGAUAUAUUUAAUAGCAUCCUCAACUGCCAGAAGUCUUGGGCAACUCACUGCAAUGACUGUAAGAGAAUGCAAGGUGAUAACAGAGAUUGUAGCAAAUGAGGAAGAUGAAUCAGAAGAUGAGAUUGUUUUCAGGAAAUUGGAAAGUUUGAGACUUGAUUGUUUAGCAAGCCUCACUAGCUUCUGCUCAGCAAAUUUCACCUUCAAAUUCCCAUCUUUGACAGAAGUCAUUUUGAAACAGUGCCCUAAAAUGGAGACCUUUUGUCAACGAGUCUUAAGCGCACCAAAGCUAAAAAGAGUAUUGUGGCUAACAGGAGAAAAACAGAAAGGGCAGUGGACUGGUGACCUUAAUAAAACCAUACAACAGUUGUCUAAAGAAGCCUUGAAAGAGGUAUGGCAUGGCGAAGUUCUAGGAGAAAUCUUCUGUGAUUUAAAAUCACUGAUGGUGGAGGACUGUGCAUCUUUCUUAAGUGCUAUAUCCUCUAACCUGUUGUUGUCCUUGAACAACUUGGAAGAGCUGGAUGUGAGAAACUGCGAAUCAUUGGAAGAAGUAUUUAAUCUAGAAGGGCUGAAUUCUGAUCAAGGACAUGUUGGGCUUCUGUCCAAGCUUGAAAGGUUUCAGUUGAUUGAUUUGUUGAAGUUGAGAAAUGUAUGGAACGAGCGUCUUCAUAGAAUUUUUGACUUUAGAGGGCUCAAAUUGCUGAAAGUUCAUAAUUGCAGAAGCUUGAAAAAUAUAUUCACUCCAUCGAUUGCAGCAGUCCUUGUGCAACUCCAAGAGUUGGAAGUAAAAUGGUGCCCUAUGAUUGAAGAAAUCAUCACAAAAGGAUUAGAAGAGGAAGUAAAAACAGAAAAGAUCAUAUUUCCUCAGCUGAACUCUAUUAUUCUAGAGUCCUUGCCCAACUUAACAAGUUUCUACUGUGGAAGGGGUGUCGUGGAGUGUCCAUCCUUGAAGAUCGUGUGUAUAGUCGACUGUUUAAGCACAUUUUCUUCCGCAUUCCUGAGGCAGCAAGAACCAACAAACAAUGGAUCUGCUGAACCUGAGAUUGGAUUCUCUAAUUUGGAAAGCAUGGAAUUGUCCUCAAUCAAACUGGAGAAGAUAUGGCACGACCGAUCUUGGGUUAAAAAAUUAACAAGCUUGACAGUGGAGGGCUGUGGGAAUUUAAGAUAUUUUUUCACUUCAUCUAUGGUUGAAAGUCUUGCACAACUCCAAAAGCUCAAGGUAUAUGAUUGCAAGCGUGUGGAAGAAAUAAUUGUCACAGAACAUUUAGGUGAAGGAGAAAAUGGAAGUGAAAUUGUGUUCCCUAAGUUAAGCUCUCUCGAGCUCAAAGGUCUUCCAAAAUUCAUCAGAUUCUGCAUCUGUAACUUAAUAAAAUGCCCCUCCUUGAAACUGCUACGGAUAGAGAAAUGCCCUGAUCUGAAGACAUUUGUAUCAAAUUCUGUAAGUGCAGAAGUGGCCGGAACUACCAUUACUGAGCCAAAACGAACAAACUCCUCUCUCUUUGAUGACAAGGUUGCAUUCCCUAACUUGGAACGAUUGGUACUUAACUAUAUGGAUGGGCUGGAGAUGAUUUGGCAUCAUGAGCUUCAUUCAGAUUCCUUUUGCAUGCUAAAGAAACUGGAGAUAGAACAAGGAAAAAAAUUAUUGAACAUUUUUCCACCCAAAAUGCUAAGAAGAUUCAAGAAUUUGGAAUAUUUUGAUGUAACUGAUUGUGCUUCAUUAGAAGAGGUGUUUGAUCUCCAAUUUCUGAUAAAUGAAAAGGAAGCGCAUGAUGUAACAGCCACUCAAUUGAGAGAAAUGUAUUUAUGGAAACUGCCAAGUUUGAAGCAUGUGUGGAAUGGUAACCCCCAAGGAAUUCUCUCCUUCAAAAAUCUUCACGCGGUGGAUGCUUGGAAAUGUCCAGCUCUAAAAAGUCUCUUCCCAUCCUCCAUUGCCGUGGAUCUUCUCCAACUUGAAAAGCUUGAAAUAAAUGAAUGUGGGAUAGAGGAAAUUGUUUCAAAGGAGGAAGGAGUGGAAGCAUUUCCUAGAAAUUCAAACUUGCAAGGACCAUUCAAGGAGGACGAAAUUGAGAUCCAAGUUCCACAACCGUUUUUAUCUAUUGGAAAGAUCACUCCCAACUUAGAAGAAUUUGCAUUAAACAGCAAGGACACUACAAUGAUAUGGGAAAGUCAAUUUCCAGCAGACUUCUUUCACAAAAUAAAAGCUCUUGCCCUCCAAUGUUUUCAUGAUGAAUCGGAAGAUUUUCCAUUUGGUCUCCUUCAAAGAUUCCAAAAUAUGGAAACACUUGUCGUAAGAGAUGGUCAUUUCAAACAGCUGUUCCCAGAUGGACUUGCUUUUGAGGAGGAACAUGCUACGGCUCUCACAAGGAUACGACACUUGAUACUUUCUCGUCUUCCUGAUUUGGAGCACAUUUGGAACCAGCAUUUCCAAGUGGACCUACUUCUUCCAAAUCUUGGAACUCUACAAUUAUUGAGAUGCAGCAGCGUGAUUUAUUUAGCUCCACCUACGGCAUCUUUCUGGAAUCUAACAGUUUUGAAUGUAUAUCAAUGCAAAGCGUUGAUAUACUUGGUGACAUCCUCAACGGCCAAACACCUUGUGCAACUCACAAAAAUGACAGUAGAAGAAUGCGAUAUGGUGACAGAAGUUGUAUCAAUCCAACAAGAGGAAGCAGAAAAUGAGAUUAUAAUUUUCAAGAAAUUGGAAUAUCUGACCCUUAUUUCUUUAGCAAGCCUCACUUGCUUUUGCCCUGCCAAAUUCACGUUCAAAUUCCCAUCUUUGGUAGAAGUAACUGUGAUACAGUGCCCUAAGAUGAAGAUUUUCUCUCCGAGAGUCUUGAGCACACCAGAGCUAGAGAAAGUAUGGUUGACAAGAGUAAAAGAUAGAAGGCGGUGGAAGGGUAACCUUAAUAGCACCAUACAACAGUUAUAUACAGAAGUGACUCGUGAUAAGGAAAAUCUAGAUGAAAUCCCUAUAGAAGUAGCUAGCUUGGCUGAUCGCCUUUUUCUGCUGUCCGCUCUGAAGAAUCUAAAGAACAGCCCUCUUCUGAAUCCUCAGCAACUAGAAAUUGUUCGAGUAAACGUCGAGAAUGCUGAUUCCUUAGUGACCUACCAUCCAUUUUAUGAGCAGCAAAUUGACUUGACUAGAGCACUGAAAUUCUCCAUGGAAGAUAACUGUUAA